AUGGGUUUUCCUGCUUUUCUCCGAUCCGGGUCAGACAGGGAGGUGUACUCUCCCGGAUUGCUGGCGGACAUCCAAGGUGUUGCCAAGCAACGCGAGGCCCUGGUAUCGCACGAAGCAUCUGCUGCUGCUCAAUUUCUUUCUCGCGAUUCCCUUGCUAUCCGCCUCCGCGGCGCCAUGAUGAACGGCCUGCAGACGUUGCCUCAAUGGCGGAAUACCUUCGGCAAACCCACGGGCGCUCUUCUAGGCUUUAUGAAUGCCGUUUACCCCAUCGCCAAGGUCGCCGGAUUGUUCCCCGCCACCUGGAUCGGAGACCGAUACGGAAGGAAGAAGGUCUUGUAUAUUGGGUUUGCCCUGCUUCCUAUCGGGGCGGCUUUGCAAGGCGCGUCGCAAAAUACCCCGAUGUUCAUCGUCGCCCGAUUCCUGAUCGGCUUUGCAACGUCGUUUCUCGCCCAGCCUUCGCCGAUCCUGGUGACCGAGCUGGCAUAUCCGACGCACCGGGCACGGGCGACGGCUCUAUACAACACCUGCUUUUACCUCGGGGCCGUCCUCGCCGCGUGGUCCACAUUCGGAACAUUCAGGCUCCAGUCGUCGUGGUCCUGGAGAAUCCCAUCCCUCCUUCAACAAGCCAUCCCGGCCUUUCAAUCUGCUUUCAUCUUCUGGGUCCCCGAGUCUCCUCGGUGGCUCAUGGCCAAUAAGAAGGAAGAAGAAGCCCGGCGGAUCUUGACGAAAUACCAAGCUGGUGGCGAUGAGAAUUCACCCUUGGUGGAGUUUGAGUUGAGUGAAAUCUCCCAGGCUUUAGAAAUGGAAAAGGCGAGUGAGCACUCGCCCAGCUACGUCGAGCUGGUCCGCACGGGUCCUAACCGCCACCGCACCGCGCUCGCUUUUCUCAUCGCGUUUUUCACCCAGUGGAAUGGCUGCAGCGUCUUGUCCUAUUACUUGACACUCGUUCUCAACACCAUUGGCAUUACGGAGCCUGCCCAACAGACCCUCAUCAAUGGUAUGCUGCAAAUAUUCAACUGGAUCGUGGCGGUCUGCGGCGGUGCCCUCCUGGUAGACCGCGUGGGUCGCCGUUCGCUGUUCCUUAUUGGCACUUCGGGCAUGCUUCUUUCCUACAUUGCGUGGACUGCGUUAAACGCCCAGUUUGCAAAGACCCACGAUCAACGUCUGGGAACGGCGGUCUUGGUGUUCAUCUUCAUCUACUAUUUCUUCUACGACGUGUCCUGGACGCCUCUGCCCAUCGCUUACACCGCCGAAAUCUUCCCGUAUACCCUGAGAGGUCGGGGAAUGACGACCAACUUUGUCGGGACCUAUCUCGGCCUCGUCAGCGGACAGUUCCUCAAUCCCAUUGCCAUGGAAGACAUGGGCUGGCGAUAUUAUAUCGUUUUCUGCGCUAUCUUGUUCGUCAUGGUGGUCGCAAUUUACCUCUGGGUUCCGGAAACCAAGGGUCGCACUCUGGAAGAGAUCGCAGAGAUCUUCGAUGGCCCUCGAAGUCAUCUGACUGCAGGCGCCGCUGAUGAGAACAGGACACGACUCUCGACAAAGACAGCUGAAGUGGAGCUUAGGGAGGAUAUAGCAACUCGAGGUUAA